CGAGGUACUUUGCAUGCAGAUGCCCACUUUGUAGGCCACAUUAUGGCGACUGGCAGGAGCAUGUCACAUGACACACGGAGCAAGGUCUGCCAAAUACAGAGGAGGGCAAAGAUGCCCCCUUCGUCUCUGCAGUCAGUCAUCCAUGCCAAGCCAGCGGGUCAAUAGUGUGCUCCUCACUGCCUCAUAUGCCUCUUACGCCUCCUGCUGAGCCUGACCCGGAACAAAAAAUGAACUGGGCCUCAUUUUAUACUGUCAUCAGCGGCGUCAACAGACACUCCACAGGAAUCGGUCGCAUCUGGCUCUCAGUGCUUUUCAUUUUCCGCAUCCUGGUCCUGGUGGUGGCAGCAGAGAGCGUGUGGGGGGAUGAGAAGUCAGGCUUUACCUGCAACACCCAGCAACCCGGCUGCAACAGUGUCUGCUAUGACCACUUCUUCCCCAUCUCCCACAUCCGCCUGUGGGCCCUGCAGCUCAUCCUGGUCUCCGCCCCGGCGCUUCUGGUGGCCAUGCAUGUGGCCCAUCGGCGCCAUGUGGACAAGAGUCUCUACAAGCUGUCAGGGAAGACCAGCCCCAAAGACCUGGAGCAGAUUAAGACCCAAAGGAUGAAAAUCACAGGCGCCCUCUGGUGGACGUAUGUCAUUAGCCUGCUCUUCAGGGUCACAUUUGAGGUGACAUUCAUGUACAUCUUCUACAUGAUCUACCCUGGUUACAAGAUGAUCCGCCUGGUCAAAUGUGACUCGUACCCAUGCCCCAACACAGUGGACUGUUUUGUGUCCAGACCCACUGAGAAAACCGUCUUCACCGUGUUCAUGCUGGCUGUGUCGGGCGUUUGCAUCCUCCUCAACAUUGCAGAGGUCGUCUUCCUGGUCGGGAAGGCCUGCAGCAAGCACCUGAACAAUGCUGGAGACUCAACUAUGGGCUCCUGGCUCCAACAUAAGCUCAUACUAGGGAAAUAAAUCCAAUUUAUAGUGUUGCAUAAAACCAUUUGUCUGCAGCUAUCAAUAUAACUCACCUUUUCCAAUGACAUACUUAAAGCCAUUUCUUAUAUCCAUCAGAAAUACACUGAACUAAUGGUUUUGUAUGUCUGUGUUGGCAUCCAGAGAGGGUUCUUGUCACGAAAUGUGAUUAAUCAUAUUAAUAAUAAUAUCCUGCUGACAGGAUCUAGUGUAUGUGAAUUUCUUUAAACUGUGCGGCAUGCCUCAUUACACUUAAUAAAUAAGUACAUAUGGAAUCAUUGGAGGGGAAAAGAUUCCCAACUCAGCAAGAAUGCAAUUCAUGGUGCUGAGACAAGGCUAUGAAUCAAGGUUAGGAUCUGCUAUUAAAACUGAUUUUCUGAAUGUCUUCUGAAGUUGUACUAUUCAGAGUUUAACCAACAUUUUCAGAAAAACGCCUCUGAAAUUGAAGACUUCAAAAGUUGAACCAACAUUAUCAGACAGAUGUCAAGCAUCAAAGCUUCAUUUCUCAUUGUGCAUUUGCUUUUUGUUUGACUUUUGGUUGUUUUUUGAGAACUCAUUCCAAAGAAAGACCAGCCUCAGUAAGAGGUGUGAAGAGAAGAAGAACACGACAAGAGAACGAGGAGAAUCUGACACAUUCUCCGAACCUGCUGACUAAAAACCUGACAAGGGAAUCAAAAUUUAAAGUUGAGGUGAACUCAAAACUUGCUUAUUUUCGGCAACAUUCAAUCUCCGUUACAAUUGUGGCAAAUAAAACCUUGCACUCACCAAAAUACUGUACAUAAUAAUAAUUAAUAAACAAAUCAACGCCAUUGUAAAAUCCUGUUUUUAUCAUCUUCGGCUUUUCUACCAAAUUAAAUCAUUUUAAUCUUUUCGAGCAAUUUAUUUCAUCAUGUCUGCACUACUGUAAUGCGCUUUACUCUGGAAUAAGCCACAAAUUACUCUCUCUUACAGUUAGUCCAGAACUCUGCAAGAACUCUUUAACAAGAACCAAAAAGAGGGAGGACAUCACCCCAAUUCCAGCGUUGCUGCACUGGUUGCCUGUGCUUUUUAGAAUUGAUUUUAAGAUUUUAGUGUUUGUUUUUAAGGCGUUGAAUGGACUGGCCAUUCAGUACAUCUCGGACCUCAUCCAAAUUUACUCUCUAGCGCACACAUUUAGGUCCGAAGCCAGCUCCAACUGGUGGUGCCCAAGAUGAGACUUAAGACCAUGAGAGACCAGGCCUUUUCUGUAGUUGGCCCAAAGCUGUGGAACACUCUCCCCCUUCAUAUAAAAACGGCCCCCACAAUUGAAAGCUUUAAGUCUCGUCUUAAAACCCACUUUUAUUCUCGGGAUUUUAACUCGUGUGAGUCGUGUGUGUUUUAUCACCUACUUCUUGUAUUUAUUGCUUUUAUUGCUUUUACUUCUUGUUUCAAAUAUUUUACUGUUCUAAGUGUCUUUGUUUUUAUUUGAUCUUUUAGUUUAUACUAUAGUAAUUUGUACUUUUACUUAUUAUUUAUGGUUUUACUAGUCUGUGCAGCACUUUGGAAACAGUGUUUAUAAAAUGUGCUGAUAAAUGAAGUGGAUUGGAUUGGAUAUAUGUCAGUGAUAACAAUCAUGAUGCUUGGACUCCACUUGGUUUUUAGAUAUCAAUACAUAAUUAACUUAAUAAGGUUUUAUUUAUGUGGAGUCAUUUGGUGCCAUAGCUAUAGGCUAGCUUCUCACGUUGCAGCUGGUGUGUGAUAGAAGCAAAACAGAAGGCGUUCAGGGCGCUUCCAACACUUAUUAACACGUGUGAUGGGGCGGACAUAAAAGGCAACUGUUUUUAUUGGCUUUCAAUGGUCAAUAUUAUCUGUGUAGCAGAAAUUGUGUAUGUACUUUGCAAACAGCACAUCAAUCAGGACUUCCACUGAAAAUUAUUUUACAAGAUGCAAUUACACUUCAUAUUAGAGCCCACUCAAUAAAACAAUG